AUGAAUCUAAGCUGUCCACUGAACUCGUUCCCCUAUAAACCGACCGGCGAAUGCGUCGGCGACCAAGAAAAGAUCACUUACUGGGGUAGCUACCCCACGACGCUUUGCUGCGGAAAUGUCCUCGAGGCUUUGUCCCAAUCCUUGGCUCUUCACGCAAAUAACACGAGCAACAUCUUUCUCAGCAGCGACCAGUGGAGCGACUGUAGCAACCAUUUCCUCCAGCCAUUGGGCGCGCCGGCUAAUUCAUGUCGCUUCAACAAUCUCUUCGAGGGAAGCAGCCGGUGCUCCAGCUUCUUGCCAUCAUUUAUCAACGAACAAGAUUCAUAUAGAGAUGCACAGGGUAAUUGCACAAACUUCAACACUUCGUUCGAUGAUGUCUGCGAGAAUUGCAUUAAUGCAAUAGCGAACGCAAGGGAGAGCAUAUUAAAUCAUUAUCAGGCAAACAACAAUAAUACAGAAAGGGCAAUUUGUGGGGUGGCUGUUAUUACUUAUCUAGCCUCUUGGAAAGCGGAGGAUCUUGCGUCGAUGGAUGACUUCUACAGAUGUCUGCCUGCUCUAGACAAGCUGGGUUCCGCAGUGAAAGUGGCAUUGGCGAUGCUGAUUGCUACUGUUAGACUGAUGCUGGUCAUUGCACUGAUAAAACACGUGACUGGGAAGAACAAACCUCCUAAAUCGGCUCAUCUAAAGGAGAUGAACACGUGGUCUGGCCUCUACAGAUUCUCAAGGGCAGAGAUAAAAAAUGCAAUUAACUACCAUAACGAGAAGAAAUGCCUCGGCCGUGGAAGUGUAGGCCGGGUCUACAAAGGCGUCUUGCCAAGCGGACAAGUUGUAGCCAUAAAACAGAUAUACAAGAGCAACACAUCCGACUCUCUCAGACGGGAAGUCAAAGGUCUUUCAAGGGUCCGACAUCCAAAUUUAGUUUGUCUCUUCGGGUACUGCAUCGAAGAUGGCGAGCAGUACCUGGGAAAGACACUGUCUUGA